GUACCAUUAGUCAAAUACUAAAAUCUCUCUUUACCUCAUUCAUUUCCAAGCCACACCACCAUCCCACUUCUCUCCCUCAAGAUUUUUUUUCCAUUGUUUUGGUUUCGGCUGUGUUUUCCAAGUUUUCUUCUCUGAAUCUUUUUGUACAUUCUCUGUUGUAUAUUCUUUCUAGAUAAUUUUCUAUAGGCAACCAUGAGUGCUUUACAAGCAAUGCUGAGCAAAGGUGGUUUACCCCCAGGAGGAUUGACGCAAGGUUUACCACCAGGAAUGCCAUUAUUUAACGUAACAAUUGAUAAUUCAAUAGUGUUAAACAUACCGAUAAACGGUAGGACAUUCCUAUGUUUUGAUUCAAGUAAAGCAGGGUCGAAAGGCUUGUGGUCUGGAGAUAACCCUUUGUUCUACAUCGUGGAUAACUUUCUCAUGCAAUUUUCUAUCGGUGCUUUGAUGACACGGUUCUUGAUGUUCAUUAUGCAGCCUCUUCAUCAAACUUCUUUUGUUCCUCAAGUAUUGGCUGGUUUACUUAUAGGACCUUCGGGUAUUUCGAGAGAUGAAAGUUUCAAGCAACAUGUAUUCACAUUGAAGAGUGUAUAUCCAACGGAAACACUGGGAGUUUUCGGUUGUAUGUUGUAUCUGUUUGUUAUUGGAUUGAAAAUGGAUGUUGGAAUUGUAAAGAGAUGUGGAAAACGAGCUUGGUUUAUAGGUUUAGCAACUUUCAUAUUACCAUUACUACUCACAAUUCCUCUAGCUUACAUUUUGGCAGUUUCGUUUAAACUCGAACAUAGUUUAGAAAGCUCUCUUCUCUUCGUCGCCAUUUUAGAAUCUUCUAAUUCAUUUCAUGUCAUCUGUUGCCUCUUAGCGGAUCUCAACCUUCUGAAUUCCGAGUUAGGUUAUCUUGCAACUUCUGCAUCAAUGAUCAGUGGGUUAUUAAGUAUGACAAUGCUAAAUAUUGGUUUUACAGUGAAACAAACCAUGGGAAGUGGAGCAGAAGCAUGGGUGUUUACCAUUGUAUCCUCAUUGACACUAGUUUUUGUGAUAGUAUUGGUUUUGAGACCAAUUGUGCUUUGGAUGAUAAGAGAAUCACCAGAGGGCAAACCAGUGAAAGAAUGGUACUUAACAUUUAUAAUGGUAAUGAUGAUGCUAAGUGCAUUUUUAAGUGAAUUGUUCGGCCAACAUUUGUUAUUUGGCCCGACGAUUUUCGGGUUAGCUAUACCGGACGGACCGCCAAUUGGAUCUGCAUUGACGGAUGAACUCGAGUGGUUUGCUACAGAGUUGUUUUUGCCACUGUUUUACUUGAUACUAGGUGGAAAAAUGGAUGUGAGAUUGGUAGACAUGAAGACUGCUUUGAUGGUGGAGUUAUUAAGUGUUGUUGCUUUGAUAGGUAAAAUGGUCGGAACUAUUGUACCUUGUAUCCUUUGCAAAAUGUCAUUCCAAGAAGGCUUCAUUCUUGCUCUCAUUUUGGGUUCCCUUGGAUUCCUUGAUAUUCAAUUCUUUAGCCGUGCAGUGCAACUUCAGUUUAUAAGCGGUAAUUGUUUCACGGUAAUGACGGUAUCGUCGAUGCUUCUGACGGCAGUAAUCUCACCCGUGUUGAGAUACCUGUACAAUCCUUCAAAGAGAUACAUAAGCUACAAGAAAAGAACUAUUCAACACAACAAACGCAAUGCAGAACUUCGAGUAGCUGUCUGUGUCUACGAUCAAGAAAAUGUACCCACCAUGAUAAACCUUCUUCAAGCUUCAAAUCCAACUCCUUAUAGUCCUAUCGCUGUUUUCGUUCUUCACCUCGUCGAACUUGUUGGUCGAACCGCUCCUAUGUUUAUCACCCACCAGUCUCUAAAUAAACUACCAGCAAGGUCUGAACUAAUCAUAAAUACCUUCAGGAUAUAUGAAGAACAAAACAAAGAAUUCAUCACUCUUCGAUCUUACACUAGUGUCGCACCGUUAAACACAAUCCAUGAUGAUGUUUGUACACUUGGACUUAACAGAAGAACUUCACUCAUAAUAGUUCCUUUCCACGUACAGUGGAAUGUCGAUGGAACAAUUCAGUCUACUCAUCAUCGCAGCGUUAACAUAAAUAUCCUAAAUAACGCUCCUUGUUCGAUUGCUAUUCUUAUCGACCGUGGGAACUUAUCCGGAUCAGUGUUAGCUGCAUAUAGAGCUUUCAGCCGUGUUUGCAUGAUCUUCUUAGGCGGGCCUGAUGAUAGAGAAGCAUUAGCAUAUGCAACACGGAUGUGCGACCAAUCAAGCUUACAUUUGACUCUGUUUCGAAUCACCGAGGCGCAAUGUGAUAUCCAACCAAGUAAUCAUCAUGCAGUAGAACAAAGGAAAGACGAUGAAAUGGUGAGUGAGUUUAAAGAAAAUCAUUCAGAUUGCGAAAGAAUAACUUACCGAGAAGAGGCUGUGAAUAAUGGCGUUGGUACGGUACGUGCUAUAAGAAUGGUAGAGGAGAAUUUCGAGCUAAUAUUGGUAGGAAGACGGCAUGAAGCGGAUUCGCCUUUGUUGAUGGGUUUAACAGAGUGGAGUGAAUAUCCGGAGCUGGGAUUGGUGGGAGAUAUGCUUGCUUCGCCGGAUUGCACGAGCCCUGUUUCGGUUUUGGUGGUGCAACAACAUAUUUGUGUAACAGAUCACCUUCCUGAAAGUCCACGACCCCAGCAUAGAAUAGCCGAGCCAGCUGAGGAUAUGCCAUGAACCUGACAGUAAAGGAGAGAUGGAUUUUUGGAGGGGAAGCAAAGAGUAGGAUUUGAUUAAUUUAGGACAUGUAACAUGCAUAGCAAACAAACAGCUAUUAUUAAGUUCUGGAUGCAGUUUUUGUAGAUUUACACUUCAAUUGCCAAUUUUCAUUUGAUUAGUCAAGUAAA